CGCUUGUUCUAGGAACACAAAUAUGUAGCUUGGGUGGGUCUAGUUCACCACAUCCUUACAGGCUUGUUACAUUUCUAGGGAAGCGAUUCACAACGAGAGCAAGUUGGUAGGAAUAUUUUUAAUUUCAGAUACUUGAUUAACGCAGUCAUGUUCUUUUAAUUUUGGCUUUUUUAACUCCACCUGCUGGUUAAUGUGGACAAGCAUAUCGACGUCAUCGCUUGACUGCUAGCUUACAUUAGUUGGGCAGGCAUUUGAAGAACAGAAGGUGGAACAGGGUGUUGACACUCGUGUUUUUAUUUAAACAAAAAGGUUAUUAAUUUCGAACGUUUCUUUCUUCAAGAUCCGACAUCGUCAUACAAGUUUCUGGAUUUUAGACACCGCGUGGAUUUAUUGAAGCAGCAUGUCCAGGUCUGAUUUUCCUCCGGGUUAUGAUGAAUCCCGGCUGCUCUCCAACCCUGAUCCUCGGAGUGGUUACCCUCCUUCUGCCUCUCCGUAUGGCUUCGGCUCAUAUGGGGGACCACCGCCUUAUCCGCAGCCCAACACAUACCCAGGACAACCUGGAGGAUACCCCCCGCAGCCCAAUAAUGCUUACCCAGGACAACCUGGAGGAUACCCCCCGCAGCCCAAUAAUGCUUACCCAGGACAACCUGGAGGAUUCCCCCCGCCAUUUAUUCCUCCCAUGCCAAUCCCUGUUGUUUCCAACGAUUCAGAUGACAAUGAAGGAUUUACCACAGCAGAAGGAUGGGACAGUACUCGUGUCCGACACACUUUUAUACGGAAAGUUUACCUGAUCCUCGCUGUACAGCUUCUCAUCACAUUUGGAAUCGUGGCUAUUUUCACGUUCGUGGAAUCUGUAGCAGGGUUUGUGAGAAGAAACCCAGCAAUUUACUGGACUUCAUAUGCUGUCUACUUUAUCACACAUAUGGUGUUGGUUUGCUGUCAGGGACCCAGGAGACGUUUCCCAUGGAACCUGAUCCUGUUGACCAUUUUUACAUUGGCGUUGUCAUACAUGACUGGGACAGUAGCAAGUUACUAUAGUACUAAAGCAGUAUUCCUGGCCCUGGGGAUCACUGCUGUCGUGUGCAUUGCUGUGACCGUGUUCUGCUUCCAGACUAAGGUGGAUUUUACCAAAUGUGCUGGACUUUUCAGCGUGCUUGGAAUCGUGGUUUUUGUGACCGGCAUCAUCACAGUUAUCGUGCUGUCAUUCAAAUAUAUCCCAUGGCUUCACAUGGUGUAUGCAGCUAUAGGGGCCAUUGCAUUUACUCUGUUUCUGGCAUAUCACACCCAGCUGCUCAUUGGCAACAGGAAACACUCUAUCGGACCAGAGGAAUAUGUUUUUGCUGCUCUCUCUCUUUAUGUUGACAUUAUCCAGAUCUUCCUCUUCCUCCUGCAAAUCAUCGGAUUUGCAGAGAGAUAGAAGCUUCAAGCUGGUCGGCCGGCCUGUUUUGUCACAAUGGCUUUGUUUUUAUGCACUAUGCAACGUCUUCUCAGUCCAGUCAUGGACUGGAACAUGUACUCAAAUAAUUAAACUCUACUGAACUUAGAACAUGAUUCUGAUCCAAUUGUUAUUAGCUGUUAAGGGAUGAAUACAGUGUCCAUUGAGUAUUCUAACUGUAUGCUUACAUUCUCAUCAAAUGAGGGAUUUGUAUGUGAUGUGUUCCAUCAUUUUGUGUCAAGUCAAAAUAUGCCAUUAUAGAAGAAACAUUAUAUUUGGCAUUGUAUAGAUGCACAGUGUUCAUUGUAGUAUGACAUCACUCGUGGUGCCUAUUUGAUUCAAUCACCCUCCUGUUAAAACCUCCAAGAUUUAACAGGAAAACAUGGGGGACUCAAAAUGAUGGAGAAUUAUAUAGAUAAGUGGAUCUGUAUUAUGUAAACCUCUACUGUAUAGUCACGGUUAUAGCUUUUCUGCUGUGUACAUAAUCUAUCAUUUGAUCUAUAACUUUUAAAUACAUAUGUAUCUCGCAGACAUCCCUAUAUUUAUAUAAAAGUAUAUCUAUUACAUAUUAAUACCAGAAUCAGUGCUCGAAAAUUUUCUUUACUUGAUUCAUUUGAUACUACUAUGUGGUGCCUCUUUGUUUGUUUAGUGUCAAAUAUACACCGUAAAUACAAUAAUAAAAAUAGUAUUAACAACAUAAAUGAAA